AUGGAACCGACGGAAGAGAUCAGCCUCUGGAACCUGAGAGAGGUGGGAGCAGAGGAGGCCCCCCUGGACAUGGGCUCAGACGUCCCACCCAUGGCCAAAAUCAAGAAGGAACAUCCUCUGGAAGGAGAUGCAGCAGAGCGACCCCCCGAAAAGCCUUCUGGACAAGGCGCCGUCUGCCAGCAAGUCGGGAGGAAGAGGAGGAGUUUUUUGCGGAUCCGCAAAGCACUGGAGACCCAGCCGGCGCCGACAGGGGUGUGGCUACAGGAAGGAGAAGACUUUGGCCAAGGAGACGUCAAGAAGUCGGGAGGGAAUGUGGUGGGAGACGGGCUGUAUGACAAGGUGGUAGUCUUCCGGGUGGGGGAGGGCCAGAUGAGCCGCAGGUCGUGCGCGGCGGAGGGUGACUUCUCCUGCAAGGAAUGCGGGAAGCGCUUCGCCUGGAGGUCCUCCUUGAACAUCCACAAGCGCAUCCACACGGGCGAGAAACCCUUCCAGUGCCAGGCCUGCGGGCGGCGCUUCAGCCAGAGGCCCAACCUGCUGUGCCACCAGCGCAACCACACCGGGGAGCGGCCCUUCAAGUGUCCCAGGUGCGAGAGGAGCUUCCGACAGAAGCAGCACCUGGCCAAGCACCAGCGGACUCACACCCGGGCCCGGCCCGGCCCCCACGCCUGCCCCGAGUGCCAGCGCAGCUUCAGCAACAAGGCAGUCCUGCGUUUGCACCAGCGGGCCCACGCCCAUCACCGCCAGCUGGUCUUCCAGGAGCUGAAGAAGGCCUACAAGGAGACGGUGGCGCGGCAGCGGGAGGAGGCCCGGGCGGGGCUCAGCUGGAUGGCCAGGCCCAAGGGCCGGCGGCGGGGGGUGAAGAAGUUCAUCUGCAGCGAGUGCGGCAAGGGCUUCACCUGGUGGUCCUCCCUCAGCAUCCACCAGCGCAUCCACACCGGAGAGAAGCCCUUCCCCUGCACCGAGUGCGGCAAGAGCUUCACCCAGAAGCCCAACCUCCUGCGCCACCUCCGCUACCACAGUGGCGAGAGGCCGCACUCGUGUUCCGAGUGCGGGAAAGGCUUCGCUCAGAAGCAACACCUGGUGAAGCACCAGCGCACCCACGCGGCGGAGAAGGGAUUCCAGUGCCACGCCUGCGGGCAGAGCUUCCCCACCAAGGGGGCGCUCACAGUGCACCAGCGGGCUGGCCACGUGGGAGCCAAACUCCUGGCUACAGGACUGGUGGACGAGAAGGGGUGUCUUCCACUUGGCCAGCCAGGGAGCCUGGAGGUGAUGAUGGGCUCCCUGAUUGCCAGCAGCCAGAGGAUCUUCCAGCCGCCAGAUCUCCUGAGCCACCCGAACGAUGCGGAUGGGCAGCCGGUCCUGAUUGUGGAGCCGGGCACUCGGCCGCAGGCGCUGUCCCAAACCAAGAAGGGCGUCUUCUGGAAGCCGGAGGUCCCCAAGCCGACUGCCCCUGAGCAGAAGCAGUACAUCUGCAACGAGUGCGGGAAGGCCUUUGUCUCGUGGUCGGCUCUCACCAUCCACCAGCGGAUCCACACCGGCGAGAGGCCCUAUCAGUGCGGGGAGUGCGGGAAGAGCUUCAGCCAGAAACCCAACCUGGUGAGGCACCAGCGUUACCACACGGGGGAGAAGCCCUAUCCGUGCACCGAGUGCGGGAAGAGCUUCGUCCAGAAGCACCACCUCACCAAGCACCAGCAGGUGCACAAGAAAUGCGCCCGCCAGGUUCCGGCACUGACUGUGAAGACGGAAGGGCUGUAG